UCUAUGUAUGUUUCUACGAAAUGCAUGAAUUUCUGAAGAUACUUUCCAAAAUUUUGGCCGAAAAGAGAUCUAAAUCUCUCAAUGCUGCAUCUGCUGAAAACAAGAAACCAGAUAACAGCAAGGAGAGUUUAUCAUUAAAGCUAGAUGUCAAUGACAGUUACAUGGGACUUGCACAAAUAUUAUACACAAUACGACUAGCCUAUGUAAACUGUACCAGUCCAGAUGAAGAACCAUUCUACGAUAAGAAAAAAAUUUCUGAAAAUCACAGAAAAAUACUUAAAUCUAAAGAAAUCCAGUUACAAAAAGUGUUUAAAGAGACAUCUAAUAACUUAGCAAAUAUACACUUUGAUAUUGUUAUAUCAAUUGCAGCAAGUUACACGUUCUUAGGUGACAUUUUAGUUUUCUCAAAUUGUGAUUUAUUAACUUCGGCGGAAGAAUGUUUUAAAACAGCUAUAGAGUUAUUAAAAGGAAAAGAAUUGGAUUCCAAAGCUAUUUUAACAGCUUUGCAUGCAUAUCACAUGUUAUCACAUGAGUUUUAUACAAAUACAAAAUCAGAUGAAAGUUAUGCAUUAUUAGUUACUGCAGUGUCCUUAUAUACAACAUAUACAAAAGAAGAAAAUUAUUCUAUUCCUGAGACAUUUAUUGAUAUUUUUAAUCUUGAAGAUAUAAGAUACUUGAAAUUUGAAACAGAUGCCAAAGAAAUUUUAGAUAAUAGUCAUGUAUCAAAUUUGAGAACAUUAAUAAAGCUGUAUAACAUGUCUCCAAAAGACAAGCAUGAAUUUGUGCUAUACAUGCACAAGUUAUUGAAGGAUCAUAUGGAAGAAGCACUUGUACAAUCAGGACAUAUAGAAUGGGCUAUUGCCUGUGCAUCUUUAGCCACUUAUUUUAUAUAUUAUAAUCGUUUUACUGAAGCUAAAAGUCAUCUUCUUAUUGCAAACAAAGUAUUGGCUGAAUAUAAUGACAAAGCAUGCAUGCAUGCUACUGAACAAGACAAUGUAAGUUUAACAUCAAUGUCAACCGAGACAUCUGAAACAAAACAAAAAGUUAGUCUGUUUCGAUACGCAGAUGAUAAACUGAAAUUACAAUGGGGACUGUAUGGAAUUUCACUUCUGCGUGUUUCAAAAAAGAGACUGUUAGCGCCCGAACAAAAUAACACACCUUGUGAAAGAGAUAAUUUGAACUCGGAAUCUCUUUUACUAUUUGACGAGAAAUUGGAGUCACUUGUAUAUUUGGAUGCAAACAAACAAUUUCUUGAUUUUACAGAUCACUAUGUGGAAAAUAUUACCGAUGCUUUUGAAGUUUUCAUUCAUAACUACAAAAAUCUUCACAAAGUAAUGGCAAGGUGUAAAGAAAAUAACGAACUGCAUCGUAGUGUUGAGGCAAGUUUAUAUAUGUCCAGAUUGUGCAAAUAUAUAUCGUAUUUUGAAUCAGACAUAUCCAAGAAAGUACAAUGGUACAAUAAGCAAAUAAAAUGUUUAGAAUCUGUAAUUGAAAAUUUAAAUGAAACAAAUAAUCAAAAUGUAAUGCGAAUGCGUAAGAUUCUUUGGCUCGAAAUGAGUGUAGCUUAUACCACAGUUAUGAAUAUGUCUGAAGAAAUAUUGGCACAAACAAAUGAAGACAUAGUUGAGAAAACAAUUGGUCUCUCUCUUUGUGCACUACCAGACAAAAUCUUCGAUUGCUUAACAGAAUUUUAUAAUAUUACACUAGACAAUGAAGAUAAAAAAGAUAAAAAUGCUCAUAAAGUUGUAGAAAAAAAAUAACUUGACAAAGGCUACUAUGUUAUGUACAGACAACUUUUAUAUUUCUUUUUAUAUUUCUAUACUCUAAAUAUGUCUAAUAAAUU